AUGAGACUGAAACCAAAAUCUAGUAUACCUCCGAACUAUUGCCAAAGACUUUUCAUCAUUAAACCACUUCAUGUCCGACGUAAUCUUUUUCAAUAUUUAUAUGAUGAAGAAGCACGAAAAGAACGUCAUCGAUUACGAAUGGAAAAAACAAAAGAAUUCGUUGCUACUAUGUCAGAUUCUCAUCAAUUAGAAUCUCUUUUGCGUACAUCAAUAUUUCCAACAUUUCAACUAAUAUAUAAUCCUCAACGUUGGAUUACUCUUUAUACAUUAACUUAA